GGCGUGCUGUUCGUGGUUGCUGCUGGAGGCAGCGAGGGGGAGGUUGGAUUCAAACCAACAUGCCCACAAGGAGCCAGCCCCACAUGCUCUCCGCACAACAAGUGCACACGCUGUCACCACAGUUGCCUGUUCUGUCAGAACUUGGACAACAGUACUUGUGGUGCAAGCGACUGCAUGGUGUGCAAGGAGCCGUACUUCCUCAUGGUCAAGUUUUCGGAUGGCACUGGCGUGUGUGUGCCGGAAGAGGAAGCAUUCAUGGAAACUUGUCCACGAAGCAACCCUCGCUGCCGACCAGGGAACAGGUGUAUGGUUUGCCCCAAUGGGUGUAUCGAGUGCCAGGGACAGCAGCUGCUCUGUCUUCCACACGAAUGCACAGCUUGUCAAAGCGGCUACACGCUGCACCUCGCCUCUCCCAGUGACAAGACGGGAACAUGCACAUUGCGUGUGCGCUCGUUCAAACCGACGUGUCCCCGCAGCGCACACCCAGCAUGCAGCCCCUGGAACCAGUGUGAACGGUGUGCGCCUGGCUGUGCUGUGUGCCAGAGCAAAGACACCAACAUGUGCCACGACCGGGACUGCCUUGUGUGCGAGCACGGGUACAAUCUGCGACAGGUGGAUCCAGAUUCUGGCAAGGGGAUAUGCGUGCCCAGCCCCUUGACGCAACUCAAGCUCGCGCAUGCAACACACGAGCAGCAGCAACAGCACGGGGCAGACAACGGAGAAGGAAGAGGAGUGGGCACGGGCGCAGCAUCACAUGCGGGCGAGCCGAAAAUGGUUCGGCUAACGCCAAAUGCGGGCAGAGGCGGUCAGGGCGGUCGCAAUGAUCAUGGUGGUAACAGUGGUGGUGGUGAUUGGUUGGACGGCUGGAACGCAGUUGAGCUGGAGGAAGGUGAGCUGGAAGAACUGUUGGCAUCGAAGGACACGCGUGAGAGAUUGGCAAAGUGGCUGGACGGGGUGUUGAGUGCAAUGGAGGCAGGGGAGGAGGGGGAGGAAGAGAAAUAUCGCUACCCUCGUGAUAUUCAUGUCGAUGGGGAGGAAGAGGAGGAGGAAGAGGAUGAGGAUGGUGUGAUGGAGUCAUUGCUUGAGUUGAAGGCUGCGCUUGAGUUGUUCAGGUUGAUGUCACUGCUUGAGGAUGACGAUAUCGCUGAUUACGGCGACGAGCUGAGCAUGGCAGAUAUGGACAUGUGGCAGCUGUUGAAAUGCAUUCCACAUUUCGUCGUGCUUGUCGUUGUGUAUGCAAUCAAGAUGCCCCUGUUCAUGUUGAUGACAGUUUGGUCCCACCUGCUCUCUCUUGUCUAGCUGCAUGUAUGCGCGCGCGUGGUGUGUGUGUGUGUGUGCACGUGUGUGGUUGUUAAGUUCUAAUUUCAAUGCUAACGGGAAUAAACGACUUGUAUUGGCA